GGCCGCCUUUGUGCGGCUCGGGGCUGUCCCGUCCCCAUUCCCGUCCCCGUUCCCGCUCCGUCCCGGGCUCUCCCGCACCUCUCCGCACUUUCCCGUCCCUCGGCAUCCCCAUGGCCGCCCCCCGGCCGGCGCACGGCUGCGGCAGCGGAGCGCUGCUGGGGCGCUUCGGGGUGCUGCUGCAGGCGCUGCUGGCUCUCUGCGCCUUCAGCACCCUCAUGCUGAAACGAUUUAAAGAGCCAAAGGCAGAGCGGCGUCCCUGGAGGAUAUGGUUCUAUGAUACCUCCAAGCAAGCCAUAGGUGCCCUCUUCAUCCACUUUGCCAAUGUUUUUCUGUCUGAUCUCACUGAGGAGGACCCUUGUUCUCUCUACCUUAUUAAUUUCAUCCUGGAUGCCACGCUGGGGAUGCUGCUGAUCUGGCUGGGUGUGAAAGUUGUCUCCUGGAUUGUUCAGCACAAGAAAUACACAUACCUGGUCUUUGGGGAGUAUGGUGACCCUCCACAAGCUGCUGCCUGGAUUGGCCAGUGUAUCCUCUACUUGCUGAUAAUGGUUUUUGAGAAGACUGUGAUUAGCCUUGUCCUGCUUAUCCCUGGUUGGACAAAGCUUCAGCAGAUCCUGCUGGGUUACAUCCCAAGCCCUCAGCUGGAGCUGGUCCUGGUGAUGUUUGUUGUGCCUUUCAUAGUCAAUGCCAUUAUGUUCUGGGUUGUGGACAGCUUGAUCAUGAGGAAAUACAAGCAGAAGGAUGCCCUAGACAUCAAUGGAUCCACAGAAACCCCUCGGGCCAGGAGGACUGAGGAAUCUCAGGUAUUGCUCUCUCCAGACAUGGAUUUUGAUCAGUCUGAAAGCGACCAGGACAUUCCAGGGCUCUGGGGAACCAGCCAGAAGAUGAAGCAGCCCAGCUACCAAGUGGUCAUCUGACACAACAACAGGACAAGGGAAUGGAGGAAGGAGCAGCACUGUGAUCCUUGGGCUGGCCAAGGAAGGGCAGGGUGGGGAAAAACGGGUGUCCCUUGUGGAUCUGCAGAGAUCCUUUUGCCUGCCUCAUCUUGGAUCUAUCCUGCAAUUGUGGAUGCUGUCUGUGCAUCCUGGACAGGCUUGAGCAGUAUCUGCUUUACCUGUCUGCCCCACAUGCAGACACGUUGAGGUUGGGGAUACAGGGAUGGAUUUUCCCUGGCUGGACAACUGGGUGUGACUUUUUUUCCUUUUGUCAGGGCUAGAGACUGAGAUGAAAAUAUUGUCUGGUUUUUUAAUAGAAAAAGAAAGAAAAAAAGAGGUUCUAUUCUGUAGUACCUGAACUGUGACACUUUUAUAUGCACAAUGCUCAAAAGAAUUGGUUUGCAAUAUGUAUUUAAAUGUCUUGAAUUGGGAAGCUUGUCCCAGUGGAUCUGAUUCUUUUUACUGUUUUAUAAGGAAUCCAAUAAAUCUUUGAGCUAAAAUUGCUU